ACGAACUAAACCAAAACAACAAAAUAGACACGUAAGAGAAAUAGAGCGUCUACGUUGUUUGCUUCACGCAAGUAGCAAAUUAUUAGUAACAAAAAGCAUUUUCAAAAGAUAUUAAAUUGCGGCUGGUGUGAAUGGGUGAACAUAUUUUAGAAUCAAUAAAAGUAUAGUAAUAAACAAUAAUAGCAAUUACGCAUAUUUACAUUAGAAAGAGUGAAGUGGAUCGUAAAUUUGAAGAAAAAACUUUCGCUAGAAUUUAUGUUUAUGAAAGACAAGCAAACAUAAAGGAAUUUUUUUAAAGAAUCGCGUACGCAAAUAGGUGUUUACAAUAAGUUAAAGGAAGUGCCCACUUUAAUAUAAGCUAAUAAGGAAAAGAGAAGGUGACCUACAUAGGUGAGUUACAAGAAGGGAAAUGGCUGCGAGGCGGCUGCUACGCGAUGGUGCGUGGUAUCUGGCGUUGAUGCUGUGCGUCAUCUUGUGGGUACGUCAUUGUAGCGGUUAUUUUGCCGCCCACGAUGAGUUGGACAAAAACAAUUGCUUUUGCGAGCUCAAGGGUUCAAUAAACGAUUGUAGUUGUACGGUGGACACCGUGGAUCAUUUCAACAAUAUAAAAAUAUAUCCGCGCCUCAAAUCACUGCUGGUAAAAAACUUCUUCCGUUUUUACAAGGUGAAUUUGAAAAAUGCAUGCCCGUUCUGGCCUGAUGACAGCAAAUGUGCCAUACGUUUUUGCCAAGUGCAGAACUGUGAUGAAGAUCACAUACCUAAAGGCCUAAUUGAACAAAGCGAUAAUACAAAGUUCGCAGCAUUUAAGUACUCCAAAGAAGCCCAAUCGGCUGAAUGCUCUGAGGCCGAAGAGUACAACAGCGUUUUGAGUUAUUUGGAUACAAGUCUUAGUGAUCAAGCGCACCGCGAGUUCGAACGUUGGGCAAGGCACGAUGAAGCUGAGGAAGAUUUCUGUAUUUUAGAAGAUCAAUACAACGGUUCUCAAUAUGUAGAUUUACUCAUAAAUCCCGAGCGUUAUACGGGCUAUAGAGGAGAAUCCGCGCAUCGUAUUUGGCGCAGCAUUUAUAUGGAAAAUUGCUUUGGACGUAAAAACGAAACGAAAUCUCUCUCCGAUUUCUUGCCACAUCUAGAUUUGGAUAAAGUGUGUUUGGAGCAACGUGCCUUCUAUCGCAUCAUAUCUGGACUGCAUAGCAGUAUCAAUAUUCAUUUAUCUGCCAAGUAUUUGUUAUCUGAAUCAAAAGACUUUCUUGACCCUCAAGGUAUUUGGGGACCAAAUAUCGAAGAAUUCAGGCGACGAUUUAGUCCCGAAACAACAAACAACGAAGGACCACAUUGGCUAAGGAAUCUUUACUUCAUUUAUUUGGUGGAAUUGCGUGCAUUGGCGAAAGCAGCGCCAUAUUUACGACGGGAAGAGUAUUAUACCGGCAUUGCGGAGGAAGAUGAGGAGGUGAAGUUGGCUAUUAAUGAUCUACUAUCGGUUGUCGAGUCAUUCUCUUCCCACUUUAAUGAAAACGUGCUGUUUUCGAAUGGUGUAGCAUCGCUCAAGUUCAAAAAUGAGUAUAAAGAGAAAUUUCGAAACAUAUCCAGAAUAAUGGAUUGUGUGGGUUGUGAUAAGUGCAGGUUAUGGGGCAAAUUGCAGACCCAAGGUCUCGGAACAGCACUAAAAAUUCUCUACUCUGAGAAGUUGAAUGUGGCGACAGAGAGUGGCUUAUGGGAUCGACCACAUAUAGAGGCGAAUCCGCUAUUUAAACUUUCUCGUACAGAAAUUGUUGCGCUCUUUAACGCAUUUGGCAGACUUUCAAGAAGUAUUUUCGAGUUGGAGAAUUUUCGAAAAUUGCUGAGGUAAUAAGCCCACGGUUGAACGUUUGCCGCUGCCGGUGUAUUUAUUAGACAAUGUAACGACAGAAAUUUCUGUUUUAUGAUAAGUAUUUAUUUAGCAUGUAGUCGUUUUCAUGGUGGCGCUUAGAAUAAUCGCAACAACAAUGCCGACAAAUGGUUUCCCUUCUUACCUCAUCCUUAUUAGUGAGAUAUAAACUUUUCAAAGAAUAGAUUAAACUAAUUUUUUUAAACUUA